AUGAAGAUGGCUGAUUCAGAGAAAGCAGAGGAAUUUGUUGAUGCAGAGUGUCCGUCCGAGCGACUCGAUGAAGCACAGUCAGCUACCACGUCUUUCCAGGAUGAACAUCUAAAAACGGAGACCACCACAAGCACCAGUUCCCCACCAAGGGAAAAGGAGGAUGACAGCCCGUUGCACACAGAGGGCGACCAGUCUCUCCUCUCCAUGCCGUGUUUGAUGAAGGAGCUCCGCAGAGAUUCCCCCGAGUCGCAGCAGGCUUCCACAGGGAGCGAGAAACCAGCCUCCCGUCACAUCUACGAGAGCGACUCAUCCAACCCCUGUGUGCUUUCCCCCUCAUCUAGCGGCCACCUGGCCGACUCGGACACCUUGUCCUCUGGGGCGGAAGGCGCCGCCGACGGAGAGGAGGCGGAAACUAAAAUGGAAGGCGACACCAGCAAGGAAGCCGAACGGCAACCCAGCGGGAGGAAAUCCCGGCGGACGCGUUCGGAAAGCGAAGCCCCGCCCAACACCAUGGCGGCGAAAAAGAACCGUUGCCAGCUUGCAGUGGCGGGAGCCGCUGGGCUAGAAAAGCAAAUCAACGGCAAGCAGGCCAAGGUAAAAGGCCACCGCAGCCAGAAACACAAGGAGCGCAUGCGCCUGCUGCGGCAGAAGCGUGAGGCGGCCGCACGAAAGAAAUACAACCUGCUGCAGGACAGCAGUACCAGUGAUAGCGAACUCACAUGUGACUCGACCACCAGCUCAUCUGACGACGACGACGAUGACGACACUUCUGGAGGCAGCAAGACAAUCAAGACAGAUAUUCCAGACGGGCCUCCAGUAGUGGGUCACUAUGAUAUAUCAGACACUGAUUCUAACCAAGAGAGUAUGAAUGUGGAGAAAAUCCGGCCCAGCGUGAUUAAGCGCGAACUAGAAACACUCAGAGGCCAGGAAAUGGCAGCACGCUCCGGGUGUAUAAGAGCUCUGAGCUCUGUGGCAGGCCAGACAGAGACUUUACACAAUGUGGAUGGGCAUCAACGAAAAGGCCAGAUCAGCAUCGCAUCAUCAGACAGUGAGGUGGAGAUUGUUGGUGUGCAGGAGAACAUUCGAUGCGCCCACCCUUGCGGCGGAGUGAUCAAGAGUUUAUCCUCCUUGAAGGACGAACAUUCGGCAGAGCGGUCCGCCUGCAGCACGACUCACCCGAAUCCGCAGCUGUGGACAUGCGUCUCCCCUCAGUCCAGUUGGGUGUCCCCACCGGAGGUCGUAGACCUCACGCUGGACGAGGAAAGCAGCGGACACAAACACUUGACAUGA